GAGGCCGUGGACGCCUUCCGAAGAGGGGAGCUUGUGAUGGUCAUGGACAGCGACGACCGCGAGGACGAGUGCGAUUUGGUGUGCGCGGCCGAGAACGUGACCCCUCAGCUGAUGGCGUUCAUUAUCCGCCACUCGACAGGGAUCGUAUGCAUAUCGACCGAGAAGGACCGCCUGGAACACUUCGGCCUCCACCCGGCCACUUCCAAGAACACGGACGUGAACGAGACCAACUUCUACGUGUCCACGGACUUCCUGCCGGGCACCACCACGGGCGUGUCGGCCGCGGACCGCGCCGCCACCGCGCGGGCGUUCUGCGAUCUCUCGAACAAGCCGGAGUCGUUCUCCAAACCCGGCCACCUCUUCCCCCUGUGCUCCAAGCCGGGCGGCGUGCUCGAGCGGCCCGGGCACACGGAGUCCACCUACGACCUCUGCUGCCUGGCGGGCGUCGCCCGGGUCGGGCUGCUGGCGGAGAUGAUGCAUGACGACGGCACCAUGUAUCGGCGGGAUGAUUCCCUGGAGUUCGCGCGGAAGCACAAGAUACCGAUCAUCACCGUGCCCCAGCUGAUCGAGUACCGGAAGCGUCCGUCUCUCUCCGCCGAGCCAGCUUCGGCGUCGUCUGGGUUGCAGAGGCGGGGAGCUGCCCCCGCCGCCGGUGGAGCCGGCCAGGCGGCGCCCGCGGGCCGGGCGCUGGGCUUCGCACGCGGCGCGCCCUCCCGCCGGAGCGGCCGCGCGCCCCGGGCGAAGCUCUGA